AUGAUCAAGAAUCUAACGGAGCAAUCGGAAGCUUCGCGCGUCCAAAAUUUCGGCUCGAAACUUGCACAGGCGUCGAACACACAGAAUGAGAGGGCCAUAGAUGUUUUCGCAUUCAACGACGGCGUAAAGCCCAUGUCGUCCCACCUCGGCGCAGGCGUUGAGGAGCGGUUCAAAGAUGAAGUCCAGAAUUUGCUGUGGGAGUUGACCUAUAUCUCUCUCUCCGGUGUGGGCGACCUUAACCAUAUACCGGCCAUUGACAUCAAUGGGCACCCUGAAUGGAAGGGAGUUUCGGUUCCGUAUGAGCUUACUUUCGGUUUCCGUGAGCCAUACCAGGUGUUGGUGGAUGCGAAUUUCCUCCGAGCUGUCGACUCGUUCAAGAUGGAUCUAAUCCCGGCUCUUGAAAGAACCCUCCAGGGCAAAGUGAAGCCACUACUCACUAAAUGUUCCCUCGCUGCGGUCAUGGCCUCGCAGCCAAUCAAUCCGAAAACCAGCCAGCCCUAUCGUCCACACCAUCUCCCUCCGCCGACAACAUUACCACUCCGCCAUUGCUCUCAUAACGAGGAUUCCUCGCCCAUCCCUGAAGCAGAUUGUCUUCUUUCACUACUAUCCCCGAGUCCCGAUGCCAAGAAGAACAAGGAACAUUACAUUCUCGCGACGGCAGAUGCGCCCACUCAAAAGAAGAGCGCCCAAAACGACUUCCAGCAGCGAAAACGGAAACGCGACGAUGAGCGUGAAGAACAGCAGGCCAUGCGCCGUGCCCGGGCGUUGCGCAUUGGUGCGCGCUCGAUCCCCGGCGUGCCCAUUGUGUACGUCAAGCGGUCGGUUAUGGUUCUCGAGCCUAUGAGCACGCCGUCUGAUAUGGUGAGAGAGGGUGUCGAGAAGAGCAAGUUCCGUGCUGGAUUGAAUGAGAAAUCUGCGCCGGUGAAGCGAAGGCAGGAAGGCGAGAGCAGUACGGGCACAGAUGACAAGAAGAAGCGUGGGUCCAAGAAGGUGAAGGCUCCUAAUCCGCUGAGUAUGAAGAAGCCGAAAAAGAGGAACGAAGAGAAGGGCCCAUCAUCCGCGCCAAAGCAGGCCGCUGAUGCUCCACGGGAACAAGCUGAUGUCUCGGAGCAACCGGAUGGGGAUAACUCGGCUGCGUCUAAGCCCAAACGAAGACGCCGUCACAAUAAGAGCGGUCCUCGCGAAGGAAACGAGGAAACCGAGCAACCGAAUUCUGGCACUAUGGAGGUGGACGCAUAA